UAUAAAUAUCAGUACCUGAGCCAGAACAACAAACAUUCACAAGCUUUAAACUAAGCCUGCAAGAGUUUGUCUACCCUGAGCGAAAUGGCUAGAGCAUUAGUGCUGUUGUCGGUGGUGCUGGUUAGUUUGUUGGUGAACCAGGGGAGAGCAUCAGAUAACCAGCGGCUCUUCAAUAACGUAGUCGUUCGUGUACAACACCUGCACCAGCUGGCUGCAAAAAUGAUUAACGACUUUGACGACAACCUGUUGCCUGAGGACCGCAGACUGCUGAGUAAAACCAUCCCUAUGUCUUUCUGCAUUUCUGACUACAUUGAGGCGCCCACUGGAAAAGAUGAAGCACAGAGGAGCUCUAUGUUGAAGCUCCUUCGCAUCUCUUUCCGCCUCAUUGAGUCCUGGGAGUUGGCCAGCCAGAUCCUAAGCAGAACCGUCUCGAACAGCCUGACCGCCAACCAGAUCAAUGAAAAGCUGGCCGACUUGAAAAUGGGCAUCAGUGUGCUCAUCAAGGGAUGUCUCGACGGUCAACCAAACAUGGAUGAUAACGACUCCCUGCCACUGCCUUUUGAGGACUUCUACUUGACCACGGAGGAUAACGACCUCACAAAGAACUUUCGUCUGCUGGCUUGCUUCAAGAAAGACAUGCACAAGGUCGAAACUUACCUGAGGGUUGCAAAUUGCAGGAGAUCCUUGGAUUCCAACUGCACCCUGUAGAGGGCGCCAAAGUAUUGCUAGUCAAUGUGUAACACUUGCUGCAAAUCUAAGACCAGUUUAAAACUUCCUUAAGUAAUUAUGAUCCGGUCUUACAUAUGCAGGAAAUGUGAGUUAGACAUGGCUAGGUCUGUCUUUUCUUUUUCCCUCCCAUAUUUAAACCUUACCUAUCACUGAUGUAUUUAUUCUUCUCAUUAGGGAGUGCUCAUAAAUUCAAGCUGUUCCUUAAAAAUGUAAAGGAUGGUUCUGAUAUAACAUUUCACAUUGGUGCUAAGCGAUUUAUGGCAAUAUGAUGUGGCCAAAAUGACCUUAACAAUAUGUUCUAGUAUAUUAUCGCUCAAAAAAGGCUUAAGAUCAGUGUUGAAAUUGUAAUCUAAAUGGAUGGGUUCACUCGAGUGUAUGCAUGUAAAAUUUGUCUGUCUCAUAGAUAAUGCCCUUAUUAUUAUUCUCUUCAAGCUCUGUCUUUCUCCAUUAAAGUUUUAAAUUGCAUUCAA